CGCCGAAGUUCUCGCUGUCGGCCGCAGUCCAGGCGGACGCCGAUGUCGCCGAUCAGGCCUAUGACUACGAGUCAAUGGGCGCUAAUCUAGACUACGUGUCAAUUAUGACCUACGACGAGGCCGGUGCCUAUGAAGGCCAUACCGGCCACCACUCCAAGUACACGUGGUGUAUAUCCGCGACGGAAAGGUACCACUCGAAAGGUAUUCCCAAAGAGAAGUGCCUGAUGGGAGUGCCCUUCUAUGGACAUACAUUCAAAUUGCAGGACAAGAAUAAGCAUGGUAUCGGUGCUCCCAUUGCCGGUGAGGGAAAGACACCUCAUGGAGAGGGAGACAAUGCGUGGUAUUCAGAGAUGUGUGAUUUGGUUAAGAAUAAGGGCUGGACUAAGGAGGACCCUGACCAGGGUCAUGACCCUAUUUCCUAUCACGAUCUCACCUGGGUCGGUUAUGAUGAUCCCUACGCUGCCUAUGAUAAAAGUAAAUGGGUGAAAGACAAUGGUUACGGUGGCAUUAUCGUAUGGGAGAUCACACAGGACGAUUUUGAACCCAAGUGCUGCUCUAAGAGCUACCCUAUGUUAAGGGCUAUAAACCAUGUUAUAAUCACCCCUACCUACAUAAUGAAAGUAUUGCUUGUAACGGCACUGGUAUGCCUACAGGUGCUGUCAGCGGUGGCCAAGCCUAAGGUGAUAUGCUACUGGCCCAACUGGCGCAUGGACUCGGGCGGGGACGACAAGCACACCCCCGAAAACAUCGACCCAACCCUUUGCACUCAUAUUCAUCACGCGUUUCACGUGUUAGACCAACAGCACAAUGUUGUUAAGGAUAGUGCCGGCCCUCAGCCCGAUGUCUACCGGCGCUUGAAUGACCUGAAAAAGCGUAACCCAGACGUCAAGAUCAUUGUGUCGAUGGGAGGGUGGGGUGCGCCGGACAACCAGUACUCCCAAUUGGUGGGCAACGAGGGUCUGAGGCAGGGGUUCAUUAAGAAUACGAUCGCGUAUUUGCAUCAAUACAAGUUUGACGGAUUGGAUAUUGACUGGGAGUUCCCCGUGUGUUGGCAGGCUGAUUGUAGUAAGGGCCCUAAAAGUGACAAGGCUAAUUAUGCUAAGUUUUUGCAAGUAAGUUAA